GCCUUCGCCCAGCAGCUUUCCCCGGGUAAGCUUGGAAGAGGUGCCGCGCGCGGGCACAGCAGUCAGGUCCCUAGCCAAGGCGCCUGCAGGACUACAGCACUCCGACGGGAGCAGCCAAUGAGGGGCGCCGGCGCGGGAGGCGGGACCCAGCCCGGGUAUAAGAGAGCAGCGCUGCUGUCCCGGCCGCAGUGCUGAAGCCCGCGCCCCCACAGACGUCUGGUGUCUCUCUGAGCUUCUCUGAAUUAGCUCCGAGAGCUCCAAGAAGAGGGCAAGGUACGCGUUCUGUUUAUUCGCGUCUUUUGCAUCAGCCGGUGUGCCUUCAAGACCUCCCGCGGGCUGCAGCGGCUGCGGUCACCGUGGCCAGGCGUUUCUCCUCCCGCUUCGCCUCCGCCAGCCCGGCCGUCCCGUCGACGAUGCGGCUGCUCUGGAAGCUGCGCGCCGCGGCUCCGGAGCCCGCCUGCGCCAACGUGCUCACCCCGGGCCGCAUUCCUGAGUUCUGUAUCCCACCGCGGCUGCCCCCGCCCGGCCCGCCCGAGCCCCCGCUGCCCGCCGGGGUGCUGCCGCGCCGCUGCGCUGCCGAACAGGACCUGUGGCCCCGCGCGACCGACGGGGACCCGCGCUCGCAGGCUGCGCUCUCGCUGUCGCACCUACCCCGUGCGCGCACCGCCUACGGCUUCUGCGCGCUGCUCGAGAGCCCGCACACGCGCCGCAAGGAGUCGCUCUUCCUCGGGGACCCUGCGCUGCGCCCCCGGGCCCGCACCUACGGCGGCGGAGAGGUGGGAGCCGCACACCUCGUGCCCCCGCAGGCACCAACCAGCGCUGUCCCCUGCCCGCCCCGGAACGCGCCCGCCCCAAGGCCCUGCAGCCGCCGCCGCCCCCUCCUGUGCGCCCCCAACCGCCUGCUCAGCCGCGCGCUGCGGGCCCGAGGGAGUCAUUGCUCGGUCCGCGGCCGUUCGGUGUCCAGCGGGGACAAUGACGACCACGGCGACGGUGACAGCGACGAGCGCCACGCGGGCGCGCAGCCCCCUACCCCGGCCGUCACCGAGCGCCUGCCGGCCAAGAGCGUCGCCACUCUGGACCCCGAUUCCUGCGCGCGUGGCGGGCGGCUCCGCCUGCGGCUGCUGCGCCCCAAAAGCUCGUCCGCGAGCUCCCGCGAGUCCUGCGCUUCCGGCCGCUGCCUCAGUCUGGCCCUGCGGCCGCUGGGCGCCACGCACGAUCAGCGCCGCCUAGUGCUCGGCCCAAACCGCGGGUCGGCUCCCGACCCAGAGCCGGACUCAAACUGCGCCAGGGCCUCAGGGGAGCCGGCGCACCGCUUGGCCUUGCGCAUCCCGUCCAGGGACAUGGGGCGCCCACGGGGACGGGGCUCCCUGCUGCUGGGCUCGCUUCUUUUGCUGCCCUGAGGACUCACGGCCCACUGCCAGGGACUUCCGCAAACUGAAAGCUGUUUUGUACAAAAUAAAUGUUAUUUAUUCAUUUUUCUAUUUAA